UCUCUUAUAGAGAGCUACUGCAUGCAACAAAACAACUUUGACAAUUCAAACUUAAUCGGGAGUGGAAGUUUCGGCUCUGUUUACAAAGGGAUCCUUUCUGAUGGGACAACUAUUGCAGUGAAAGUGCUAAACCUGCUGUUCGAGGGGGCAUUGAACAGCUUCAGCAUAGAAUGUGAGGUCGUGAGCAAAGUUGGACAUCAAAAUCUUUUGAGAAUUAUCUCUUCUUGCACCAAUGAAGAGUUCAAAGCUUUGGUUCUUCAGUACAUGCCACGAGGGAGUUUAGAGAAUUGCUUAUAUGCGAGUGCAGAGAGCCUGAAUCUUCUCCAAAGAUUGGAUAUCAUGAUUGACGUAGCAUGUGCCAUAGAAUACCUUCACCACGACUUUUUUGAGCCGAUACUUCACUGCGACUUGAAGCCAAGCAACGUGCUUUUAGGUGGCGACAUGAUUGCGUAUGUUGCUGAUUUUGGUAUUGCAAAGAUUUUAGUCAGAAGCAAGUCGUCCACUCUUACAGAAACACUUGGCACAACAGGAUACAUUGCUCCAGGUACUCUGCUUUCUCCACUGAUGGAACAUCAACGAUUCCUGCUCGAUAAUUUGUCUCAUGAUCAAUUGCCAUGCAAUUUGGAAAUGAAAUCUUCAACAUCAGUUAAAACUGUGCCACUUAUGUGUUCCACUGUUAAGACAACUGACUUUGUAAUCUUGCUUUCUAAUGCACGUGGGAUUGACUGGUCAGAAUUUGGGUUGAGCGGAAAGGUAUCAACUAAAGCUGAUGUUUAUAGCUAUGGAGUUCUCCUCCUGGAGACGUUCACAAGAAGAAAACCUACAGAUGCAAUGUUUGCGGGUGAUUUUAGCUUGAUACAGUGGGUAGCUGAUGCACUUCCUGAUGCAGUUGUAGGGGUUGUUGAUGGACGCCUUCUGUAUGGGUAUGGUAGCAGCAGCUACAAUGGGCAGCAAGAAGCCAUAAGAUCAAACACCAGGAUUGAGCUUCUCGUAUCGAUCUUGCAAGUUGGUUUGUUAUGUUCAAGGGAGUCUCCAACAGAGAGAACCAACAUGAGAGAAGUGGUAGCAGACCUAAAGAAGAUUAGAGCAAACUUGAGCGUCUUAGAAACCAGUAACAUGGCAAGAAACAGAUCUUUCUGA